AUGACAACCAGAUCUGAGGGCAUACCCAAAGAUUUAGAUGGGAAACCAGUAGCAAUAAUUUUAAAAGGCUACGCAGAUAGAUCCCAUGCAAGGUGCUACCACUGUCAAGAAAAAUUCAAACCAGCCGCAGAAGCAUUACGUCACUGUUUCACAGACCACCCUGACCUUGAGAUAUGCCUUCUUCGGCCAGUUUAUGGGGAAGAUGGGUCAAAGGUCAGCCGAUCAGUACAUUAUGGUGUGACCCCUAUAGACAUGAAAGAUGUUGAGGUAGAGGACCUAACCCUUGACCCUGAGUCGUGGAGAUUAAUUAUCAAUCCAAAGGUCGAAGAAGAAGAGAUUGAGAGCCCAGAGCCAACUCCAAGGAAACAGAAAGUCCGGAAGAACGCGAUUAAUAAGCAAGCUGAACUUGAAAAACAAUUGAAAAAUGAGAGAUACGAGCGUCUCCAUGACGACUGGCAACAAGUGAAAGAAGACAACAAAUUAGAAGCACAGAAGCAUUAUGAAGAGAAACUCAAAAUUCAGAAAAAUCUCAUAAAAGCAAACGAUGCUCGUGCUCGACGGAAACAACAUGAGAAAGAAGUGCUUGAAAAGCAGCAACGGGAGGCCAAGAAACAGCUCAAGGCGGCACAUGAAGCAAAACUUCAAGAGGUCUGCAAAGAAUCAUUAGAGACUGAUCGUCAGCUGAUUACCGAGCGGCAAACAAGACGUGAUGAAGCUUUACGCAAGAAACAGGAAGAAGAAGAGGAAAGAAUUCGGGCCAAUCAGCUGAGCAGACACGCACGAUUUGUAAAACAACCUCAAAAGGCAUCAUCCUGGCAUACCAACUCAAGUUCUCAUAUCAAUGAAACAGAAACAGCGCCAUCUGUUAUUGAAUCCGUACCCGAGCAAAUUGAACCACGUGAACUCUCAGAGAGGGAGCUGGAGGCAUUGCCAUGGCACCAUGCGCAGUUGGUACGACUUUACGGAGAGGAUGAAGCUGAGGGAUUUGUCAAUCCGAAGGUGGAAGUGAAUAAAAAAGAGGUUCCUGUUGACCCGUCUCUACGGAAACAAGGAGGUCGUGCUGGUGCCAAUGCAUUAUGGGAUACAUUACGCAAUAAGUCGAAGGAAAAGAUGGAAGAAGUUGACAUGAUGAUUCCGGAAGAACUAAAAAAUGCUUUUAGCGCCUUUAUCCGGGAAGGAUUGCACCAGAAAAAGAAGGUCAUCAAGCGCAACUAUGGUGGAAAUGAUGUGCCUGAUAUGGAGAGACUCAUGGAUCAAUCAAAAUAUCUGGCGAUCAAGGAUCUUCAACACAAGACAGAAAUGAUGUACAGAACCUCACACAGAAAUGAGGAUCGUACCCGAAUCAUGACGUUCAAUAACCCACUACCUGAUAUGAACAACAAAGAAGGCAAUGAUAGCAUAAGUCGAUAUCUGCCAUCUUGGUUCCCAGAGGAGGAUGAUACUGAAUCUGAGCUCAGUUAUACCAAGUGGAUUCGUCCUAAACUCUCACCACGUAAAAAUAACCCCCUUCCCGACCUAGUCCCUGCCGAGGAACAGGAUACCCCCAAACAGACCCCUGAUACCAAAGAUGAAACCUCCAAACCUAUUGAAUAUAAGCCCACAACAAAACCAAUAACUACUACAGCUCCUCCUAUUGAUGAAGAAGCUGAUGAACUCUCUCGACAAUGGGAUUUCCUGGUCGCCUUAAAUAAGCCAAACAUGCCUCAACAGACAUUUAAAUUCUUAACGGAGAAAGAUGCCGAGUGUAGGGGACAAUUCUCUAAGUAUUGGAAAGAUCUUAAAGAGGCUAGGGAGAGACCUAAAGGAUACACAUCAGCUGGUGGUGAUACAAAGCCGCAAUCCGCCAUGCCAAUCCUACAUGGUGACACAGGAAAAUCAUUUUCAUCAAUUUCAGGUUCAGAUAUCUUUAAGUCGGAUAAAUCAAGUUCUCGCUCUGUACCUGCCUCCGCCAGUCAGGAGUUCUUCCGUCGCUUUGAGAACACAUGGCAACCCCUGAGCAUGAAUGCCCUUCAGGAGUACACGGCCAAGAAAGGUACAACUGGAGAAGGUGAAUUUGAUCACGGAGCAACGAAACACUGGACCAUAGAGACUAAAUCAUGA